AUGACAUUAAUGUCUAUAAAUCAUUAUGAUACUACCAUUAUCACCAACGGUAACACGAAUAGUAAUCAUAAUAUUAAUAAUGAUUAUAAUGUUAAUCAUAAAAUCAUGACAUCCCUAAGUGAAUAUUACAUAAAUGAAAACAAACAAAAAUUUCAUCAUAAUUUAUCGACAAAUUUCAAUGAAUUCAAUAGUCUAUCACAAAUUAUUAAACAAACUAAUCAAUCAGUUCAGAAUUCUGAUUAUAAAAAAGAAAUAUUUACAUCAAAUAAUGACAAGAUGAAGUAUUUCCAGCAUGAAAAUGAACAAGUAAUACAAUCUCAACAAUAUAAUUCUCUACCAAGAAUGAAUAAAACACUUAGGGAUUUAAGAAGUCAUCACAACUGUCUAAAACAGCUAAUAAACUCAAAUAGUCCACAGCCAUUUGAUAGUAGCCAAAUCACAUCACCUGAAGAUACUCAAUUUAGUACAUCAAUGCCAACACACUCUUCAAACAUGUCUGAUUUUCCAGACAGUAAACUAUUUCACAAUCAUACAAUUGAUCACAUAGAUCUACCAGUUACAACAGAUGGAUCUUGUGAAGCAUUUAAAAUAUUGAAAGAUCCUCUAGAUCAUAAUUACACUCAAACUGAAGAUCAUAUGCAAUAUCGUUCAUUACAUGAUACAAUACAAGAUGGGAAAUUUCCAUAUACAAAAAUGAAUUCGCGAACAAUCUCUGAGGAUACAUCCAAUAAUAGUAUUCAACCUACAAAUAUUGAAAAAAGUUACAACCAAGUCAAAAGUACAAUGAGUAAAAAACAAACAUUAACAAAUUUUGAUGAAUAUCCACCAACUCCCGGUAGUUCAUUCAGUCAACGAGAAAAAAUAAGUGGUGCUAAACUUUCUUUUCAUCAUAUUUCUUAUGAAGUAAAAAUUCAAAAGACAAUCUGUAGUAAACCAGUGAUAAAGACAAUACUUGAUGAUGUAAGUGGAAUUCUUCGACCCGGAAUGAAUGCCCUUAUGGGACCAACUGGAAGUGGAAAAUCUUCGCUUCUAGAUGUAUUAGCUGGUCGUAAAGAUCCGAGAUUUCUUUCUGGAAAAGUUUUAAUUGACGGUAGACCUCAACCGAAAAACUUCAAGUGUAUUUCCGGUUAUGUUGUUCAGGAUGAUAUUGUAAUGGGAACCUUAACAGUAAGAGAGAAUUUAAGUUUUUCAGCAGCCCUACGAAUGACUAUGCAUUGUACAACAGAAGAAAGAAAUCAAAAGGUCAACGAUAUCAUUGAUGAAUUGGGUUUAAAUGCUGUAGCGGAUAGUAAGGUUGGGACUGAAUUAGUUCGUGGAGUAUCAGGUGGUGAACGUAAAAGAACUAGUAUUGGAAUGGAACUUAUUACAGAGCCACCAGUACUUUUUUUAGAUGAACCGACUACUGGUUUAGAUGCAUACAUGGCAGGCCAAGUCGUAAAAACACUUAAAGCUUUAGCCAAGCGUGGUCGUACCAUCAUAUUUUCUAUACAUCAACCUAAAUAUUCAAUUUACAAAUUAUUUGAUACGUUAACUUUAAUCUAUCGAGGUCAAAUAAUUUAUCAUGGAUUGGCAAAAAAAGAACCAAUACGUUAUUUUGGUCGUUUGGGUUAUGUUUGUGAAAAUCAUAAUAAUCCGCCAGAUUUUUUCAUGGAUGUUAUACAUGGUGAAUGUUUGCGUCAACAUGGAAAUACGUCAGAUAUCCAAAUUAUGGAUCAUCAUGAUACUCAAGAAAGAAUGCAUUUAGUUGGACAACAACUUAUUCAAGACUGGCAAACUUCUGAAAUGGCUCAACAUGUGCUGGAAGAAGUUAGCUCAAUCGCUAAUCGAUUGGAAAAAUAUGAAAAUGGUUCAAAAAAGAGCAAAGAUAAUGCUGUAGAUAUAUCAUUUGCUGCAUCAUAUAUUCGACAAAUCAAUAAAGUGUGUUGGAGAUCAAUAUUGAAUCUAUUACGUGAUCCUUUAGCAUCAGUGAUACAAACUAUUGUUUAUUUAUUUUUUGCAUUAUCUAUGGGUAUAGUUUAUUUUCAAAUGAAUGAUUCUUUAGAAUCUGGUAUACAAAAUCGUACUGGAUUAUUUUAUUUUUGUACAUUACAAGUGAUAUUUGUAAAUUUGGCUACAAUUGAAUUAUUUAUUAAAGAACGUGUACUUUUUAUACAUGAAAGUUCAAGUGGUUAUUAUCAAGUCUCAGUAUACUUUUUCUCUAAAAUUCUCUGUGAUAUAAUACCAACUAAAGUACUACCUAUAUUAUUCUUUAUGCCAAUAUGUUAUUGGAUGGCUGGUUUACAGAAAACGUUUGGAGCUUUUAUGUUUUUCGAAUUACUUCUGUGCCUUACAACGUUAGCCGCUGCUGCAAUUGCUUUGUUUAUAUCAGCAAGUGUUACAGUCUUUGGAUUGGCUAAUGCUAUAAUAUCGAUUAUUUAUGUAUUUAUGAUGGUUUUUUCUGGUUUCUUAAUCAAUUUAAAAUCUAUGGCUGUUUGGCUUAGUUGGCUUCGUUACUUCUCUAUAUUUCGUUACAGUAUGGGCGGUUUACUGAUUAUGGAAAUGACAACACUUCGAUUUUGUCCUAUGGAUAAAUCGAAUACAACAAUUAAUAGGCAAUGUCAAAAUGGCACGACAUAUUUGGAGGACCAAGAGAUCCCUUAUAUGACUGGAUGGGAUUUAUGGUCUAAUGUUGUUGGGUUGGUAGUAAUUAUGAUUGCAUUUUACAUUCUUUGUUAUGUUCGACUUCGACUACUCAAUAAAUACAAGUAG